GCUGCCAUCUGCCCUCACCUCCACUGUGCUCAAACUGACUGCAGUUCCAGCUAUGGCCCCGCUGCUCCGUGCUGCAACCCGGUGGCUGUUCCCCUGGAGGGGCUACUGUUCCGGGGGGUCGAAGGGCGAACUCAGCAAGGGCUUUGUGGAGGCUCUGAAGGCCAUCGUGGGGAGCCCCCAGGUGUCCACUGCUGCUGCCGUCCGAGAGCAUCACGGGCAGGAUGAGUCUAUACACAGGUGCCAACCUCCAGAUGCUGUGGUGUGGCCCCAGAAUGUGGACCAGGUCAGUCAGCUGGCAGCUCUGUGCUAUGACCACGGUGUGCCCAUCAUCCCGUUUGGCACAGGCACCGGCGUCGAGGGCGGAGUCUGCGCUGUGCAGGGCGGUGUGUGCAUUAACCUGACCCACAUGGACCGGAUCAUGGAGCUGAACACAGAAGACUUCUCUGUGGUAGUGGAGCCUGGUGUCACCCGUAAAGCUCUCAAUGCCUACCUGCGCAACAGUGGUCUCUGGUUUACCGUGGAUCCAGGUGCGGAUGCCUCUCUCUGUGGCAUGGUGGCCACGGGGGCCUCGGGCACCAACUCUGUGCGCUAUGGCACCAUGCGGGAUAAUGUGCUCAACCUGGAGGUAGUGUUGCCCGAUGGGAGGCUGCUUCACACUGCGGGCCAGGGCCGUCAUUUCAGGAAGAGUGCAGCUGGCUACAACCUUACAGGACUUUUUGUGGGCUCUGAGGGGACACUGGGCCUCAUCACAUCUGCCACCCUGCGCCUGCACCCUGUCCCUGAAGCCACAGUGGCUGCCACCUGUGCAUUCCCCAGUGUCCAGGCAGCCAUGGACAGCACUGUCCAGAUGCUCCAGGCUGCAGUGCCUGUGGCCCGCAUUGAGUUCCUGGAUGACGUUACUAUGGAUGCCUGCAACAGGUACAGCAAGCUGAGCUGCACUGUGGCGCCCACGCUCUUCCUGGAGUUCCAUGGUUCUGAGCAGGCACUGGCAGAGCAGGUGCAGCGCACAGAGAGGAUCACCCAGGAAAACGGAGCCUCUCACUUCUCCUGGGCCAAGAAGACUGAGGAGCGCAAUCAGCUUUGGGCAGCUCGGCACAAUGCUUGGUACGCGCUCCUGGCCCUGUCUCCAGGCUGCAAGGGCUAUUCCACUGACGUGUGUGUGCCCAUCUCCCGGCUGCCGGAGAUCUUGGUGCAGACCAAGGAGGAGCUGAAGACCUCAGGACUUACAGGAGGCAUUGUUGGGCAUGUGGGUGAUGGCAAUUUCCACUGCAUCUUGCUGGUCAACCCGGAUGAUGAGGAGGAACACCGCAGGGUCAUAGCCUUCACAAAAGAGCUGGGCAGGCGGGCACUGGCACUCCAUGGGACAUGUACUGGGGAGCAUGGAAUUGGGCUGGGCAAGCGGCAGCUACUGCAGGAGGAGAUUGGUGCUGUGGGCAUGGAGACCAUGCGGCAGCUCAAGGUCAUGCUGGACCCCAGAAGCCUCAUGAACCCAGGCAAGGUGCUGUGAGGAGCUCCGGGUACUUGGCCCAUAAGCCCACGGACUACAGAGCCCUAUUCUGGAAGCUUCCUUCAUGUUGUUGAUCCUGCAAGGGAUGGAUAAUGCAGAUGCUGUCUCUGCCUGCCAGUUAGCCCCCUGUAGCUGGGGCCUUGGGUUCAAGAGCCAGGAGAGAAGCUGGGCUCCCUCCCUGGCCCUCUUGUUGUCUUCAGAAGCCUUUAGUCCAGUAAAUGACCCAGGGUGGUUCCUGGUAAAGCUG